AUGCUUGCUUCUCUUCUUCGCCCAAAGAAACGUCGAGUGUACGCAGAACGUUCUCCAUUUUCGUCACCCUACACGACCCGGGAUUUGCCAUGGCCGUUCCUUCAGCGUGGCUCCGAAGCGCAGUAUGAGGAGAUACCCGGGAAUGAUGAGGCUGAUGAGGCUGAUGAGGCUGUCGACGAUGGGGAAGAAGAUGAAAGCGGGGAUGAGGACGAUGGUCUUUUCGAGUCCAGUCCCCUCCUGCCCAUCUUCUCAGCCUCUCACUUAGACACGCUCCCCGUUUACGAUAUCACCCAUGCGAUUCGCGCACUUAUCGCAGCUCGCUGCGAGACCACGUUAUCCUGGGACCAGUUGCGGUCGCCCCAGAUCUCUCAGUUUCUGGUAAAACCAAUCCAGCAACAAAUUAGAGCAUUUCACUUUUCUCGGGCCACACUAUAUGCGUUGUUGACCAAUUGUUUGCAAUUCAACAAAGAAGUCCACCUCAACCCCGGUAAUAGUGGCACAAGCCAGACCAGGGCCAUGGUGAGUGAGCUUCUUGCCAUAAAGUUACUGAGAGAAUAUACCACGAGAGAGUUGAUCGAUGCUCUCUCCUAUGAGUUUUUUCCUCUCCAGGGCCAGUCGUUGCCCGGGAAUUCCCAACAACCCCCGGGCUGGACUCCUGCUGCGGGGAACAAGCGGCCUGGGGUAGCCCGCAUUUCUUGCCUCGAGAUCGCGAUCCGUGCCCAAGCGAAGCGGUUCCUGUCUCACCCGCUUGUUGUACAACAGCUGGAAGCGAUCUGGGCGGGCACCAUCGUUUUCCAUUCGGCCGCAGACUAUCUUCAUCGCUCACCGACACGACUCGGUCAGAUUUCAGGGCCGACGUAUGGUACCACCGUUACUGCUACCACCCCCAACCCGUUUGCCGGCAAUCUAAGCCCCGGAUCGGCUGAGCUGCGCCGCUCAGUCACUCUCUAUGACCCGAGAGAUGCCUCUCUGUUUAAACUCUCCAGGUUGAGGGUUCCUCGCUAUAGACAGUUUCUCUCGACGCUGUCGUUUGCUGUAUUGCUGGCAUUGUUCCUCGCAGUUCUAGACCAGCGGCGUGUGCACAUUAGUGCCCUAGAGGUUGUCUUCUGGUUUUGGAGCGCAGGCUUCAUGCUUGAUGAGAUUGUUGGUUUUAACGAACAGGGCUUCAGCCUGUAUCUCAUGAGCUUUUGGAACUUGUUCGACCUCGGUAUAUUGUUUCUUCUUUUCUGCUACUAUUGCCUGCGGCUGUAUGGUGCUUUCAUGCCAUUCACCCGUAAGCAAGCAGUCGCCGAUCAGGCGUAUGAUAUCCUGGCUGCCAACGCUGUCCUCCUCUUCCCUCGACUUUUCUCGAUCCUGGACCACUACCGCUACUUUUCACAGCUACUUAUCGCGUUCAGGAUCAUGGCUUCCGACCUGGUAGCCGUAUUUUUCUUAAUUAUAAUUGCAUGCAGUGGCUUCUUUGUCGCUUUUACAUUGUCCUUCGGCAGUGGCGAUGAUCGUUCGCCUGGAUCCAUAGCGUAUGCCUUGUUUCAGAUGCUGAUGGGGUUCACGCCGACUGCAUGGGCACUCUGGAAUGAUUACAAUACGCUGGGGAAGACAAUAUUGACUGUGUUCUUGUUCAUCUGUCAUUUUGUUGUUGUGACCAUUCUAAUCACCGUUCUCACUAACUCCUUCAUGGGUAUUGUACAGAAUGCCAACCAAGAACAUCAGUUUUUGUUUGCUGUCAACACCAUCUCCAUGGUUAAGUCGGAUGCUCUUUUCUCUUAUGUGGCGCCGACUAACAUCAUCGCUUGGCUAAUAACACCUUUCCGUUAUGUGAUGCCCUUCAGACAGUUUGUACGCGUCAACCGUACAAUUAUUAAGAUCACGCACCUGCCCAUUCUAUUCACCAUCUGCUUCUACGAGAAAACGAUCCUCAGCUCCAAAGUGAUCGAACCUACAGACCUGGUUGAUUCUCAAACUCGCGCCGGCACAUCGGCCCGCACACGUGGCCCUCAGCAUAGUCGCUUCAAGGCUUUCAGUUCUAAUGCCCCUCGACUUGUUCGGGAACCCUCUGUGGCAACUUAUCAGAAGGAUCGUGCGUUGGAAGAGGUCUUUCGACGCCCGUUUCACGGAGAGGCCAUGGAGCCUGUAAGGGAGAUGGAUCAAAGAAAGACCAACAAAAUCGUCAAAAAUUGGAUGCAAACCAUGGGUCCUGGUCCGGCCAACCCUCCUGAUGAGCAGGACUCGGACGAAGUCAGCCAGCUCGAAAAAAGACCCCACAGGCCACGGCACCCUUCCCGCAGAAGACUCACCCGGAGUUUACGAGAUUUCACCGUGUCAAGCCGCUCUGUUGUGUCAAAUCCCGAAGAUCACGUCGCGUAUAUUGCAUCCUCACCAGCCACUCCCCGUGCCGGAAGGGAUUUCAUGGCGUCGACGCGAAGACGGCAGCUUUCGCGACACACAGGCAUGGAAGGGGAUGAUGAGCUCACUAGCGACGGUCAUGAAGACCAGUCGAAUGGAAAAAGCUCUGGCGAUGAAAGUAUUCCCCAAAACGAGAGCCCCGGUAAAGCAACACCAAAGUUUUACAGCUCUCGGCCAUCAACAGCGAAAGUCAAGUCGCGGAGAAACAGUCCCGCCCGGCGCGUUAAGCAUCAUUCACGGAGUUACUCAGGCGCCACAAUGCUAUACAGGCCCUUAUCCACCACGAGCAAUGGUGAAGAAACCGAAGCACCAUCGACCCCUGUCAGACCCAGAGCAGAGACACCGAAUCACGCGGAAUGGAUGGCUAGGUCUACUUCUGCUGACCGAUGGGCAAGGAGAAGGCACAGUACUGACGGUCGGAGUCGAAAUGUUACUAUGCCCAUCUCGAAUCCCAUGUCUGUACCGGAAUUCGGCCACUUUUUGGUUCCUGGUCCGCGAUAUAGGGAGCGGGGGCCAGAUUCCAUUCUCCAUGGCUUAGGCUCUGACAUAGGAGACAACAAGGCGAUCGCGAAUGGCUUUGUCGGAGGCGCUCCUUCAAGUCUGACUACCCAGAUGGCAUAUGAUAUGCUCAGCAAGCUCGUGCUUGCCCGGAUGAACAAUAUUGAGGAAGGGUUCCGCGAAGUGAUCAGAGAGAUGAAAGAUCUCCGGCGUGAAGGUACGAGCCGAAGUCAGAGUGGACCUGAUGAGUCCAAAGGAAAUCAGCGCGAAAAGAAGCGCACAGAGAAGAAGGGGAAGAAGGCACAUCCUAGGCCUCGAAGAAGCAAGACCGGCAGUGAGGAACAGUCGUCAGAUGCGACGUCUGAUACCUCGCAACGGAGGAUUAUAAGAUAA